AUGGCCUCAUCAUUCUUCUUCAUUGGAAAGAAGGACGGAGCGCUACGUCCCUGUCAGGAUUACCGAUGUCUGAAUGAAGAGAUGGUGAAGAAUGCCUACCCCCUCCCGCUCAUUUCUGAACUGAUGGAUCAACUCAAGGGUGCAUCGAUCUUCACGAAAAUGGAUUUACGCUCCGGAUAUAACAACAUCAGAGUCAAAGAUGGUGACCAGUGGAAGGGCACGUUUAAGACAAACCGCGGACUUUUUGAACCUAUGGUCAUGUUCUUUGGACUCUGCAACUCUCCGGCGACUUUCCAAAUGAUGAUGAACGCACUCUUCGAGGACAUGAUCGAUGAAGGAUGGAUAGUCAUUUACAUGGAUGAUAUCCUCAUCUUCUCAAACAAUUUGGAAGAACAUCGCAUUCGAACCCGACGCGUACUCCAACGACUCAAAGACAACGACCUAUUCCUUAAACCAGAAAAGUGUUUCUUUGAUGUUAAGGAAGUCGAAUUCCUAGGCAUGAUCAUUCGAGAAAACUACAUUGGCAUGGACCCUAUCAAACUUAAAGGAAUUGCAGAAUGGCCUGAACCAAGCACGGUAAAAGGUGUUCGCUUGUUCCUCGGGUUUGGAAACUUCUACCGGAAAUUCAUUGCCAACUUCUUGGAUAUUGCCAAACCAUUGAUGAACCUUACACGUACUGCUGCUGGAUCUCCACCUUUUGAAUGGACAACAGAAUGUCAGACAGCUUUUGAUACAUUGAAACAACAAUUCAGUACUUCCUCAGUGUUGUUGCUGCCCGACAAAGCAAAACCCUUUAUUGUCGAGUCCGAUGCUUCCAAGUUUGCUACGGGUGCAGUUUUACGACAAGCCGAUAUCAAUGGAGAACUCCACCCUUGUGCCUACAUUUCACAGACGCUCAAUCCAGCUGAAUGA